AUGUCAGCAGACCAACCAGCAGAACAAAGACUUUGGGGCGGAAGAUUCACCGGGGCAAGCGAUCCCUUGAUGGAUCUAUACAAUGCAUCCUUACCAUACGACAAGAAAAUGUAUGCACAGGAUUUGGAGGGUACUCGGGUCUAUACCAUGGGCUUGGAGAAGCUUGGAUUGAUAACAGCAGAAGAGCUUAAGGAAAUCCACAGAGGUCUUGAAAUUAUCAAGGAAGAGUGGAAAUCUGGUAAGUUCGUCGAGAAGCAAGGUGACGAGGACAUUCAUACCGCCAAUGAGAGAAGAUUGGGCGAGUUGAUUGGCAAAAACAUCUCCGGUAAGGUCCAUACCGGUAGGUCCAGAAACGACCAGGUUGCGACAGAUAUGAGAUUGUAUGUCAGAGACGAGUUGAAGAAGCUGGCAGGAUAUUUGAAGUCAUUGAUUGAAACGAUGAUCAAGAGAGCCGAGAAGGAAAUAAACUUCUUGAUGCCGGGCUACACUCAUCUCCAGAGAGCGCAGCCAAUCAGAUGGUCCCACUGGAUCAGCAUGUAUGCUACGUACUUCACUGAGGAUUACAAGAGGUUGAACCAGAUCAUUGAAAGAUUGAACGUCUCUCCGUUGGGUUGUGGUGCAUUGGCUGGUCACCCAUAUGGUAUCGACAGGGAAUUCUUGGCAAAGGAACUUAAUUUCAACGGAGUCAUAGGUAAUUCUCUAGCAGCUGUUUCUGACAGAGACUUUGUUGUCGAAACCAUGUUCUGGUCAUCUCUUUUCAUGAACCACAUUUCUAGAUUUUCUGAAGACUUGAUCAUCUACUCAAGCGGUGAAUUUGGCUUCAUUCAGUUGGCAGAUGCUUACUCCACUGGUUCUUCCUUAAUGCCACAGAAAAAAAACCCAGAUUCUUUGGAAUUGUUGAGGGGUAAGUCCGGUAGAGUCUUUGGUAGUCUUGCAGGUUUCAUGAUGUCAUUGAAAUCCAUUCCUUCCACCUACAACAAGGACAUGCAGGAAGACAAAGAGCCAUUGUUCGACGCAAUGCUAACUGUAGAGCACUCCAUUUUGAUUGCAACCGGUGUGAUUUCGACCUUGGCUCCGAAGAGUGAAAGAAUGGAAGCGUCUUUAAGCAUGGACAUGCUUGCAACAGAUCUAGCUGAUUACUUAGUUAGGAAAGGUGUUCCAUUCAGAGAAACUCAUCACAUCUCUGGUGAGUGUGUGAGAGCGGCAGAAGAAAACAGUCUGUCAGGUAUUGACCAAUUAUCAAUGGAACAAUUCAAAACGAUUGAUAGCAGAUUUGAAGAUGAUGUUUUCAAGACUUUCAACUUCGAGCAGUCGGUCGAAAGAAGAGACGCUACCGGUGGUACUGCAAAGUCAGCCGUGAUAAAACAAUUAAAUGCUUUGAAAGAUACUCUUGGUAACUGA